AUGGGUCUUGUUGGAACCAUCCCACCAAAAAUCGGAAAUCUUUCUUCUCUCGUUUUAUUAGACAUGAACGACAACUCUUUUCACGGCCCUCUUCCACCAUCUAUCUUUAACAUGUCAAAUUUAGAAGUCUUGAGUUUGAGGAAUAAUACUUUGUCUAGUAUUCUACCUCUUGAUCUGUGCAUACACAAUCUUGUUCGACUCAAGAUUCUUCAUAUUUCUUACAACGAGAUGUAUGGGGAAAUACCUUCGAGUUUGGAGCAGUGUUCGAAGCUCGAGUUUCUUUCUUUGUACAACAAUAAAUUUGAUGGAUUUGUGCCAAGAGAACUUGGGAACUUGACGAAGCUUCAAACAUUGAACAUUGGUGCAAAUAAGUUGACAGGUACUAUCCCAAAGGAGAUUGGUCGUCUUCCUAAUUUCGAGCGAUUGAGCAUGUCUGGCAAUGACUUUAGUGGAUCGUUGCCAAGAGAAAUCGGGAACUUGACAACUAUGUAUGGAUUGUUCAUUCACAGUAAUGAGUUAAGUGGUCCGAUACCAUCCACCAUUGUGAAUCAAUCAGGGCUACUUAAUUUAGGACUCUAUGCCAACAACUUUAAUGGAGAGAUUCCACCAACCAUUUUCAACUUGAGAUCCCUCAAAAUUCUCUAUAUAUCAGACAAUAAUUUGGAAGGAACUAUUCCAGAUUGUAUAGGAAAUUUGAGUACAUCUCUAUCUAUCCUCAAUUUGAGUGGAAACAAAUUGACUGGACACAUCCCUUCAACAUUCCCAAAGGGUUGCAGUCUUGAGUCAAUCAAUCUAAACGGAAACAAAUUGGAAGGAACACUACCCCGAACCCUAUUCAACUGCCUAGGUCUGCAGGGUAUCGACAUUGGUGGAAUCUGCACAAUAUCGGGGCUGGCAGACAGCAGCAGUGCUGUCAUCAUGGCUGGUGUAGGCAGUGUGGUAGAAGGUAGACUAGAGGGCAGAAAUGGUGCUGUCACGGUGGGUAGGAUAGCUGCAGUACUAUUGUUGGAUGUGGUGGAAUUUUUGGCUGAUAUUUCAAGAUUUUUCAAGGUUGAAGCUCACAUUGAAAGGAUUGGAUCAUUGUGGUUGUUGGAUACCUUAACAACUAUCGACUUAUCCUCCAACAGAUUCUCUGGGAGUAUUCCACCUUCUUUAGGGAAUCUUAACUCUCUUAGAUUCUUGCAUUUGUCUCACAAUACCCUCGGAGGGCAUAUACCAUUAUCUCUUGCGGGUAUGAGUUUGCUCGAGUCGCUGGACUUGUCUUCAAACAAUCUGGAUGGAGGAAUUCCUAGUGGAUUGUCAAACCUGACAUUUCUUGCGAAGUUAAACCUUUCAAUGAAUAAUCUUUUGCUACUGUCCCAACAACUGUACUACCUUGGUAGUAAUACAAAUUGUUCUUCCUCACGCCUUUCAGCAUCACCAAUGCUCCUGAAGUUGCUUUAA